AUGGCAGCGCAGCUCGACGCGCGCCUGGUCAUGGCGCGCAUCGCGGCGAUGAAGCAGCUGCGGAGCAUGCUGCCGUCGGACGCCGCCGUGCGCGGCGUCGUGGCGGCCAUCGCCGAGCCCUUUUACGCGGCGGCGGAAAACCACUCCUCCUCCGUCGACGCGCAGCUCCUCAAAGCACUAACCGCGGCGGUCCACUCCGUCUCCUCCUCCGCAACACAACCAAGCUCACCCCUCAAAGCCCGGCUCGUCGCGCUCACCCCCCCGCAACCCUGCGUGUCCGUCAACGCGGGAGCCGACGCGGUGGCCAGACGCCGCAGCCAAACCCCCCCAGCUGCACCCUUCGCGGUCGACGCGUUGAUAGUAGCACGCGCAGGCCCCUACGCCGGCCACCCGCUCGCGUUCCGGCUCGUCUUCAACGCCCCCUACCUCUCAUCCCCGCCCAAGAUCCGCUGCCGGACCUACGCGCUGUCGUGGCUCUUCACGGGCGUGGCCCUGUCGGACCGCGGCGACCCCGUGGCCAUGCGGCGCUGCGGCGUCGAGUUCUACAAGUUUCUGCUCAAAAAAAGCUCCUCCCCCUUCGAGCUGGGCACGGUCUUGACCGCACUAGCGGACGCGCUCGAGCCGGGCGCGCACCCGUUCUUCGCCAUGAGCGCGGCCGUGCACGCCGGGCGGCUCGGCGUGAUCGACAAAUUUGCUUCCCUCGGGCUGGCAAAACUCCUGCCUUCAACCGCACAAACCGCCUUCCGCGCGGACGGCCUGCGCGCGGCGCUCGAGUCGGGCGCGUUGCCGCGCGGCGCGCUGCCGCCGGCGCUCGUCGCCGCGCUCCUCGAGGCGGAGCAGUUGCGUGCCGCGGGGAGCGACUCCUCCGCCAAAACUCCACUUCGUGAGCUCUGCGAGCCCCUCGACGCGGAGCUCUUCGCCGUCGACCUGUUCGAGGAGUCCUUCGCGGCCGCGCUCCUCGCGGACGUCGACGCCUUCGAGGCCACGGGGCUGCCCGUGAGCCGGCCCAACUCCAUGAACAAGUACGGCGUCGUCGUCAACGACGUCGGCUUCGAGCACCUGAUCACGACGCUCCAGCGUUUCGUAUUGCAACCCCUCGCGUCCGCGCUCUACGGCGGCCGCGCCGGCGGCGACCCGGCGGCGGACUUCGACGCGCACCACAGCUUCGUCGUGCGCUACGACGCGGCGGGCGGCGACAAGCACCUCGCGCCGCACACGGACGACUCGGACGUGACGUUCAACUGCUGCCUCGGGCGCCGCGGCUUCGAGGGCUCCGGGCUGGUCUUCUGCGGCGAGCUCGGCCGCCCGGACCACCGGAAGCACAGCCACACCUUCGCGCAUCGCAUCGGCGGGUGCGUGGUCCACCUCGGCAGCCGCCGCCACGGCUCGGACACGAUCGUCUCCGGCGAGCGCUGCAAUCUGAUCGUGUGGUGCCGGUCCCUCGCGUGGCGCGACUCGCGGAGAGGCGCCGAGGCCUGGGUCGGCGCGUCGCCCGGCCAGGAGAACACGGCGAGCGACGGCAGCCGCGCGCCGCGCGGAAUCUUCACUCGCAGCGUGCAGUCGUCCCCGGCGUUCGUCGCCUCGACGCGCGUCGCGUUCGCGCCCGCGGAGACCUUGAGCGUGCUGUCCGUCUGGGCCCGCAGCACGAGCUGGACCUUGGACUCCUUGCGGUUCGCGUCCUGGAAGACGACGUCGCAGUCCGCGACGUAG